UCUUCUUCAUUGGUUACAGAAUUGAUUGAUUGGAUCAAAUCUGCAGAAGAAGUACUCUAGUGAACUGAAACACAGUUCUUAAAAGGAAAAAAAGAAUGGCGUUCAGAUCAAAGGAGUUCUUUAAGAAAAUAAUUCGGAAGGUCGGGGAGGAGAACUUGGCACCAGGAGUGAAGGAAUCACUGAAGAAAUGUCUUCCAGAUAGCAAGAUUGUGAUGGGGAGAGCCAAGAGAGGUAUUUAUGCUGGUCGUCACAUCCAGUUUGGCAACCAGGUCAGCGAAGAUGGAGGCAACAAGACAAGGCGGAACUGGAAGCCAAAUGUACAAGAGAAGCGACUCUUCAGUUACAUACUUGAUCGACACAUUCGUGUCAAGGUCACCACACAUGCACUCCGCUGCAUUGACAAGGCAGGUGGAAUUGACGAGUACCUCCUGAAGACACCCUAUCAGAAGAUGGACACAGAGAUGGGGUUGUUCUGGAAGGCCAAAAUUGAGAAGAUGUAUGAAGAGCUUGGGGGGAUGGAUGUGGUAUUCUUCUCACCUGAGGAUGAAGCCAAGUUUGAGCAGGGCUUCAAAGACCUGAAACUGGCUGAGAGGGCACAUCGUAGGGAGGCUAGAAGGAAGAAUUACACAUCAUCAGGUAAACAGAAGCAGAUUGAGGAAGGCAAAUCAGAUGCUUCAGAGGAUGGGACCAGGUUUGCAUCAGAUGAAGAAGGAACAAUUGAUCAUACACUGGAGCAAAGGGUUGCAAAUACUUGAUGGUGGUCACUAUCCCAAUGAGUGUUUGGUGGUCAAUUGUGGUUGUGUGUUACUGGCUUUUACACUUGGAGACAGUUCUUAACCUAUUCAAUUUUGUUUGGUGUUUCACUGUCAGGCUAAAUAAAGUUCAAGAAGCCAAGCUUUAUUUUUCUGUUUCUGCUUUGUUGCUUGCUUGUACCUUUUAAUAUUUCUCUCAGGCUAAAUUCAGGACAAGAAGCCAAGCUUUAUUUU